AUGGACGUAGACCAUCCAGAAACCCCGUCAGAAGCUGGAAAAAAGGAGAAGAAAACGCGCAGGCGUAUGCGGCUCAGCUGUGUGGAGUGUACCAAGCGGCGUCAGAAAUGCGACCGCAAUCACCCCUGUUCGCUCUGUGUCUCCCGAGGAGUCGCCCACCUUUGUCGGUGGGAGAAUGUCCCUGUUGCCCGUCCUAUACCAGGUCGUCCGCCCACCAGUGCCUUUCAGCUUCAACCUCAUCUUCAACCUGACUCUCCCAGCUCGUCUGGGCAGGAUGCAACAGUUACAGACCUCACACGUCGUAUUGCAACUCUUGAAAAAGAGCUGGAAGCUGCCCGAAAGGGGACCCCUAGCCAAUACAGUAGCGGCACCAGCAGUUCUGGGUCCCCUGCUGUAGCGUUUUCGUCUGGAGCUGGGACGAUGUCGACGCCGUCCACAACAGACGCCGGUCCAUCCGGCAGCACAAGCUCGCUCGCGUCACCCAACACGAGCCUCUUCGAGGUUCCGCAACAGCAUUCGUCUGCUGAAUCCCUGAGCAGUCUGAAUGACUACGGAGUAGACAGUAUGCGCGUCGACUACCCGCUUCAGCCACCUUCAUUAGACACGAUGCUCUCGUUCCAAAUCCAAGAUGCGACAUACACAACGACAUCGACUCUCGCACAACUCUCCCUAGCGCACCACGGUGAAUUCAUUGGACGUGGCGGGCUUAUUUGUGCACUCCACACAAUCUCGUCAAAAUCGCGACCGCGCUUCUUGUAUGCCAAAUCUACAGAUGCCACGACAGGAUGUACAGCACCCGUUCAGAAGUUCUCCAACAUACCAUUUGUCAGUUCCGUCGAGGAACUCAUGUCAAAUCUCCCUCCGCGUCCGAUUGUGGAGACGCUCGUAGAUGGCUUCUUCGCCGAAGUCAACUGGCGGUACGGGAUCCCGGAGGAGUGGUUUAGCGGGGCCCUGGCGCAGAUGUACACCGCGCUGGGGGAGAGUAUGCACGACUCGCAGAUCAACGCGAACUGGCUGACGCUGCUCUUCGCCAUGAUCGCAUCUGCCCCGGAGAGCUCGUACAAUGACGCCCGCCGCGCGUACCUCACUGGUGAUCCGUGGCCGAGCGACGACUACUUCAUGUGCAGUAUGAUGGGCCGCCGAAUCGCGGAGGACGAGUACUUGAACCUACCGAACAUGUCGUUCAUGGUGUCGGCUGCCGACGGCACCGUCCUGGGCUGCCUUGCGACGCCGCUGCUGUGCAGCUAUCUUGCUGAGCGCGGCAGGAUUAGUGAAGCGUGGAAGUUGGUCGGGUACGCGAUACGCAAUGCUGAGGCGGUGGGGAUGCAUUUUGACCCCGAGUGGAAGUUGUGGCAGAUGAUGUCGGGGGACGAGAGGCUGUUGAGGAGGAGGGCGUUGUGGGGGCUUUUCAUAGCAGACAAAACAUACGCCUACAUCCUCGGCCGUACUAAUGUCCUUCGCCGAGCGACAUGUGCUGUUGCCCUUUUCCCCACUGAGAAUUCGGAUGGUUCUCGGAAUUGGUUCAACGCCGGCCAAAAUGCUAUCGUAAGCUUAAUGGAAUUGGUGGCUGAAGGUGCACAGAAGGUACUACUAUGUGUCGGUGCAACCUAUCCUGGUUGUCAAAAUGCUCUUGACAUGGACCGCAAGUUUGAGGAGUGGAAAAGGCACCUUGAAGCUGAGUAUCAGCCCGGCUAUGAUUUACGUUCGAUUGGAGAUCUUAGCCCGAGCGAAGUACGGUUGAUAGCGUGCCAAAGAUACCUCCUCCAUACGUGGUAUCUCAAUGGACGACUAAAGCUUUUCAUUUCGUCUACCACUGGUCAAGAACGCCUGUUGCAACCACCACAUCUUCUUCGGGAGAAUAUGGAAAAAUGUCUUUGCCUGGCCUUCCAAGUCAUACGAUUCCAGAUUGCAACAUUCCACACCAUCGACCAUCCUCAUGUUGACACGAUAGGGCCGAUUUACCCAGGAGGGUGUUGGCUCUUUGAGGGCUGUUUCUCCCUUUUCGAAGCAUCAGUGGCACUCUUCACGGGCUUGGCCCAAUAUCCGAUCCAGGAGAAGAUGCUCGAGGCUAAAUCCGCUAUCGAGUCCGCCGUGGACGUCUUUAACGCCGUAGUGAGACGCGAGGAGGGAAAGAGGAGGGAGACGGCUGCAAGGGCAAUCGAGCUGCUGACAACGAUCCUACAUCAACAUUGGUCAGAAGCAGGCCAAUCAUUCCAAGCAACCAAAAUAAAGGACGACCCCGACGACGCCGAAGCGAUGGAAUCUACCAGAGCCCGACCAGCAGCAACUCAUUUCGUCGACUCCAUUCACUCUCAGUUGCAUGAGAGAUAG